CAUACGUCCAAGUAUGUGAAGCCCGGCGUUUAUCUAUAUAAUAUCUAUACAAUCUAAGUUUUUCGAACGAAACCAGAUAAGUUAACGUGUUUAUGUCUGCCCGUAUGGACUAACAUUACAUAAGACAAACAAUAGAAUGUGAUAUUAUACGAUUUCUGUUUAUAAUACAAAUACAGGAUAUUUGCGAUGUUUACCUCACAGUUAGGCCGUUGAUAUAGUAUUACAAAGAUGUACUCAUUGUGUGUUAAGUUGGAGCUCCAAUACUUAUAGCGGCUACAUAAACGGAGCAUAUGCAACAUGUCCGGCAGGUGUUCAAACUGUGGCAGGAAGAUGCAAGUAUCCGAAGAUCGAAAUCACGAGGAAAUUUGUCGUAAUAUUGUGCAGUGCAAAAACUGUGGGCAACUUGUCGAUAGUACCAUGACACGGACACACGACACGUUCCUGUGUCCGGAAAGCAAUAUAUGGCUGUUGAAAUGUGAAUGGUCGCCAAUGACACCCUUCAUUGAGCCUCGCCAUGACUUGUUGAACGCCAGUGUUUCCGAUCAAAAUCAUGUUGCUAUAAGAAACCUAAGCGAAUCUCAUUCGUUGAUAAAUACACAACGGACUGGUGACGAUCACGACAAAAAUACAACCAAUACUACGUCAUCGGAAAAUUGUAUUUCAAAGAAAUUGGCUGAGACCGAAGCCUUGCUUUUCAAGCCUAACCAUUUUAACCUUUCCGCUGCGUCCCCUGAAUGCAGAACAUCGCAUCUAGAAUCGCCGCCGACAUGUGAGCCCUCAACGAUAGACCCCGUCUCGUCGAUUUCUAUAUGCUCCGUCUCGUCGGGUUUGGCAACGCCUGCCCGUCGGCGAUUGUUCAAUGAACUCGGUUCGUCGGGCGAUGAAUCAGUUGGCGAUUUUCAGCCAGUCUGUAGACUGUCUUCUUUUUAUGAAAAAUGAUACUAUUAUUUUUGAUGACGUUGUUUUUAAAGAUCAGAUGAUACAUUAAAACCCCUUGUUUGUA